CAACCAUGUAGCCUUCUUCUGAGGGGGGGAGAAAAUGGCUCACCUUCCCUGGAGGGCCUUAGAAAGAUCAGUUUACAGGCUUCAUUAGGGGGUGGGGCCCUUGCUCCUUCUCUCCUUCUUGCCAUGGCACGUGCCUCUGGUGACCAUCACUUUGCAUUAGUCUGGACAAAACCUUUUCCAGGGUUCCUUCUAAACCCCACCCAAAACGCAUGCAGUCCUUUCACUGACCUGGCUUCUGAUUGGAGGCUGGUCGCUUCGGAUGAUGACCUCCCGGACCCCUCUGUCGGUUACAACCUGUUUGUAUUUUUCUUACCAGAACUUAAGAUGCCUGCAGUGGGGUGUGAGCAAAAGUAAAAGACCAGUAUUUCCACAUCCCCAGGUACCGGAAGCACAGAAGACUGACAGUGUUUCAGCCACCCGAGCGGGCCAGGGCUGCCGUCUAUCCAUGUGUCCUUUGGACAGACUGCUUGCCAGGAUGAGGGAUCUUCUUCAGUACCUUGCCUGCUUCUUCGCCUUCUUCUCCACUGGGUUUUUGAUUGUGGCCACCUGGACAGACUGCUGGAUGGUGAAUGCUGAUGACUCCCUGGAGGUGAGCACAAAAUGCCGAGGCCUCUGGUGGGAAUGUGUCACAAAUGCUUUUGACGGGAUUCGCACCUGCGAUGAAUACGACUCUAUACUGGCCGAGCACCCCUUGAAGCUGGUGGUAACUCGAGCGUUGAUGAUUACUGCAGAUAUUCUUGCUGGGUUCGGAUUUAUCACUCUGCUCCUUGGUCUUGACUGCGUGAAAUUCCUCCGCGAAGAGCCGAACGUUAAAGUCCGCAUCUGCUUUGUUGCCGGAACCACAUUACUAAUAGCAGGUGCCCCAGGAAUCAUUGGCUCUGUAUGGUAUGCCGUCGAUGUAUAUGUGGAACGUUCUUCUCUGGUUUUGCACAAUGUAUUUCUUGGCAUCCAGUAUAAAUUUGGUUGGUCUUGUUGGCUUGGAAUGGCUGGAUCUCUGGGUUGUUUUUUGGCCGGAGCUGUCCUCACCUGUUGCUUAUAUCUCUUUAAAGAUGUUGGCCAUGAGAGAAACUACCCUUAUUCCGUGAGGAAGGCCUAUUCAACUGCUGGUGUUUCCUUGGCCAAGUCAUAUGUGGCUCCUCAGACAGAGACUGCCAAGAUGUAUGCUGUGGACACAAGAGUGUAAAUGCACAUAUCAAUCCCUGUAAAUAGAUUAUUUAAUUAAUUGAUCAAUAUUUUCAAGUUAAUCAAAUAGUAGCUCAAUCCAGGAACAAUGAUUAAACUUCAUACGUUUAACUGAUUUCAUUCCUAACUCAAUCAAAAGUUUGAUUCUAUCAGUUUCCCUAUUACUUUUCUAUAUUCUCUCUCCCACCUACUCUUUAAGAUAAGGUUCCUAGGAUGUGUUAAGAUGUAGAAUAUUUUUUAAAUUUCUAUAUUGUUGUUAGCGUUUAUGUG